UUCAAGUGCGACCAGUGUCUGCAGAGCUUUAACCGGAACCACGACCUGAAGCGGCACAAGCGGAUCCAUCUGGACGUGAAGCCGUUCCCGUGCGCGAACUGCGACAAGACGUUUUCGCGCAAGGACGCGCUGAAGAGGCAUACGCUGGUUAAAGGGUGUGGAGGGAACGUGAGCAGUCGGACUAGU